GGAAGGAAAGGUGGAAGGAAGGAAAGGUGGAAGGAAGUAAGAAAGGAAGGAAGGAACAACAGAUGGAUGGAUGGAAGGAAGAAAGGAAGGACAGAUGGAUGGAUGGAUGACAGGAAGGAAGGAAGGAAGGAAGGAAGGAAGGAAGGAAGGAAGGAAGGAAGGAAGGAAGGAAGGAAGGAAGGAAGGAAGGAAGGAAGGAAGGAAGGAAGGAAGGAAGGAAGGAAGGAAGGAAGGAAAGGUGGAAGGAAGGAAAGGUGGAAGGAAGUAAGAAAGGAAGGAAGGAACAACAGAUGGAUGGAUGGAAGGAAGAAAGGCAGGACAGAUGGAUGGAUGGAUGGAUGAAAGGAAGGAAGGAAGGGAGGGAGGAAGGAAGGAAAGGUGGAAGGAAGUAAGAAAGGAAGGAAGGAACAACAGAUGGAUGGAUGGAAGAAAGGAAGGACAGAUGGAUGGAUGGAUGAAAGGAAGGAAGGGAGGGAGGGAGGAAGUAAGGAAAGGUGGAAGGAAGUAAGAAAGGAAGGAAGGAACAACAGAUGGAUGGAUGGAAGGAAGAAAGGAAGGACAGAUGGAUGGAUGAAAGGAAGGAAGGAAGGAAGGAAGGAAGGAAGGAAGGAAGGGAGGGAGGAAGGAAGGAAAGGUGGAAGGAAGUAAGAAAGGAAGGAAGGAACAACAGAUGGAUGGAUGGAAGGAAGAAAGGAAGGACAGAUGGAUGGAUGGAUGAAAGGAAGGAAGGAAGGAAGGGAGGGAGGAAGGAAGGAAAGGUGGAAGGAAGUCUAAAGUUGUAAAUUAACAAGAAAAAAUGUAAACGAGAGCAAAGUCGUAGUAUUACGAGGAAAAAACAGUCCAAAUUGUAAGAGAAUAAGUCAUACAUUUAUGAGAACAGUCAGAAAAAGGUAAACAUUUACAAGAAAAACUUCAUAAAUUUACCAGAUUAAGUUGUACUAUGACAAAAAUAACAUAGAAAAUUUACAAGAAAAAGUCUUAAAUUUAGGCGAAAAACAGUCUGAAAUGUAGGAGAGUUACUUGCACAUUUACAGGGAAAAGUUGUGGAUAAAAGUUGAAUAAUAUUAUGAGAAAUGUAUGAGAAUUACUUCUACAUUUAUGAGAAAAGUUGUACAUUUACAAGAAAAAAAUCGUUGUAAUCGUUGUAAAAAGUUGUAAUAUUAAGAGAAAAUAUAGAAAAUAAAUCGGAAAUUUACAAGACUAAAUCAUAACUUUAAUAAUUUCAAAUAAAAUAGGAAGUUUACAAGAAAAACUUGUACAUUUACGAGAAAAACAGGGGAAAAAGUCGUAUAUAAAAGUUGUAUAAUAUUAUGAGAAAUUUACGAGAAGUCCUGAACUUGUGAGAAUAAAAAUAACAUGAGGAAAAAGUCAUAGUAUGACAAGAAUAACGUUUUAAAUCUGCAUCAGCAUUUUACAAUACCAUAUGCAAACGAUAUGCAAAUGAUACGAUGACGUCAUCUAGUGACCUCUGGCCCCUUAUAGGGCAGCCAAUAGCAACUUUUCGUACUGAAAAGUGGUCAGAAUGGAACAAUUCCCGGAAGUAGUAAACACGGUCAAAUCUGACGUUAGAUUAGGGGAGUAUUUGGGUGUAUUAUGGGUGUAUUUUCAAUCAUAUACAUGUUUGUUAGGUAGAUUACUUGUCCUCUUCAGUUUUAGAUAUUUCAGAUAUGAUUUACGCCGAGUGUUGCACAACGAGUCAUACCAAGGCUUCCAAUAUGAAGUCCAACUUUAAGCCUUUCAAACUCAUGGACUCCUGGAGCUUCAGGGACAAGAUACAAGAAGCUCUAGAGGCCGCGGGUUGCCAACCCCCUGGCUUAGGUUCACAGUUGGAGCAAUUCUUCUGAAAAAACAACAACACAUGCAGAAGGCAGGAUCCCGUGGAAGGAGGUGCUCCCGUCUUAAAGUGCUCCACUUCGACCCAUUCUUGUACGGGAAGGAGAGUCAACGACAUGCCUUGUCUGCGGGACUCGGGCGACUGUUUGAGGGACAACAUGCACUACAUGAUGCGGUCCCUCCAAGACCUGAAGCAGCUAAGGAGGACCUGUCCCGCAGCAUGCAGACACCCCGGACCUCCUGUCCCGUCAGCUGGCGCCGUGAUCGGCGCGUCUGCGGCCGCUCACGUCGCGUGCCGACCCAGAGAGCUGCGCCCCCGUCUCAGGAUGUCCAGCGCCAGCACGGCCAGCACCUACGACUCGGCCUGCUGCCUCGCCACCCCCUUGGAGGAGGAUGAGGAGGACGACGAUGGAUCCGGAAGUCGCCUCGGCUUCAACUCGCCCAGCAGCCACAAGAGUUUGGACUUGGAUUCCGGAUACUCUGAGGCAUCGUGGCGGGACGAAGGCGUGGUGCUCAGGAGGACGAGGAACGUGCGCGUGUCGUCCUCGGCGUGCCUCCGCACCAACAGAGCGCCAAGUGGACGCGUCCGGCCUAAAUCCACCUCGGACGCCUGUCUGGAGAGGUGGACGUCCUUUGACGACCCCGAGGACUGGGCCAACUCGUUGCUGACCAGAGGACGCAACCGCCAACCUCUGGUUCUGGGCGACAACAGCUUUGCUGACUUGGUACAGAACUGGAUGGACCUUCCGGAUUGUCCCGAACCGCCUGAACUGAAAGCAAAACCGAGACGCAGACUGGGGAGAAGCCUUUUUGGCAACAUGAGGAGGAAACUGGCCGGCUUGUCGAAGAGCGUGGAGGACAGGGUGAAGACGAGGACCACAGACGCUCACCUUAGCAGAGACGCUUCAAAACGUCUCUCGUGUCCCGUCGUAGCUUCAGAAGCAAAAGCCCCCUUUUUCCACCAGUCCCACUCCGCCAUCCAUGAACUGGACACGGACUUUUACCACUUUGCUGCACUCAUGAAGUCGGGCAGCAGGCAGCCAAUCAUAUGCAAGGACAUCAUGGGCUACGUCUGACGCACGUGGCUUCCCUGGACUCGGCAUCAAACCAUGAAGUCCUCCUAUUUAAACUGGCGUAACAGAACUAAACGUAUGCAAGAUGUUUGUACCCUUACACUGCAAAUGGUUGACAAUAAAACCUUCAAACCAA